AUGAAGGCUGGACAAUUUGGAAAAUGCAUUGUGGACUUGCUUGGAAAAUUUUUACGAGCUACAGCAUCCACCGUUUGGUGGAUGCUGUUUGGAAGGAGUGAAUCUGAGGAGGAACUACGAAGACGAGCUCUUGAAGAGCAAGAACGAGAGUUUCAUUCUUUCGUCCGCCAGCAAAUCGUGUGUCUACUAUUGUUCAUGACGCUUUAUCUGUUAUCCUACUGGAUAAUAUCGAAGUUCAAGUCAAAAUCAGAUACAGAUUCGCUUUACUCCGGUGACGAAGAUUAUUUUGUGUAUAGAAUUAGUGUUUGGAUAUGUACAUUUUCUCUAGCUGUUUCUAUUGGAUCCAUUACUCUCUUGCCGUUCUCAGUCCUGGCGGCUGAAUUAAUUCAGAGAUAUCCGGGAAGUUACUACCUUCAGUGGCUCUCUUGGUCAUUGAUUAAUAGUCUCUGGAAUUAUGUUUUUAUAUUGUCCAACCUUAGCCUUUUUGUUCUUCUACCCUUUAGCUAUUUUUUUAUCGAAUCCCAAGGGUUCAGUAAACGAAAAAAUGGUAUUAUGCAACGUGUUUAUGAAACUCUCGCCGUAUGUGCUUUGCUGAUCGUUGUCAUCUUAUGCCUUGGUGAUGUUGUUUUAACCCUGAUGUCAUCUACGGUGUCAUUAUUGAGCAUUACAUCUGUUAACCUCCCUGUAGUUUAUUCAUGUGUAUCAUUGUGUGGAGUUGUCCUUCUUCUGCUCUCAACUCCCAUAGGUUUUGCGAAAAUGUUUGGAAUAGUAGGAGAAAUGGCAAUGAGACCGAUCCCUAGUGUAGACGAGCUCGCUGCAGGAUCUCUAGAGAAGAAAGAUUUGGAAAGAAGAUUAGCCUAUCAGAGUAAUACGCCUAAAUUGAGGAAAGACGUUUCAGAAAUACUCCGUGUUGCGGAAGAUUAUCAGUUGGUUUAUAGAGUUAAUGGCUCACCUGUCAUAGGAGUCGGUGAUGAUACGGCGAAUGAUUCCAUUCUAAAUUUGACCGCACCUAAAGUACCAAUGACAUCAAACGACAAAUUAAAAGUUUUGUUUUCGUUUUGGGUCCCAUUAGGUCAGAAAUCGCUUCGUUGGUAUCAGCAUGUAAUGCACAUUCUCAAAUAUCCAGUUAUGAUUGUCGUCCUUUUGGCUUUAACGGUGAUCUCAUUGUUGAUGGUAGUGAUAAACUCUUUGAAGUUAACGUUCGGGUAUAGAAGCUUGCCUGUUUACGCUCAAUAUAUGGAAGUUCAUACUCGUCACACUUUGGGUGUAGUAGGAGCCGCUGUUGAGAUUGUCAUAAUUCUUUAUAUCAUGGCAACUUCUUUGAUUGGAGUAUAUUCUAUGCCUUUCAUACGAUCUCUGCGACCAGUGAACAAAGGCACUUCGAUGACUUCCAUCAUCAUGAAUUGUAGUGUUGUAUUAGUGUUAAGUUCAGCGUUACCUGUGCUGGCUAAUACUCUCGGCAUCACAACUUUCGAUCUUCUAGGAGCUUAUUCUUCUCUAGAAUGGCUAAUUGUAACUUUGAGUUGCAUUACAAACCAAUUAACAAGUCCUGUGAGGAAACAAAUUAUGAGACGGCUGAAUGAGCUGCGGUAUCGCCGAGAACGACGGGACGAAAGUUUUAAAAUGGAUUAA